UUUAAGGCUUAUGUUUUCUUCGAUUAAUAAAGGAUGGAUCUAGUUGACUGCUAGAAAUUCGAAUACGGAAGCAGUAAAUUUCCAUAUCCAACAUUGAGCUGAUCCUGAAAUUUAGACAAUUAGUAUGUAUAUUCGGCUGAAACCUGCAAAUUUUGCUGCACUUGCUACCAUAAUUUUCUUUCUCUAUCUGGGAUAUCUCAUUUGGGAAAAAGAGGAACAUUUUCCGGAUGUUAUUAUUGAGCUCCACGAUUUGUUAAGUUAUGUGCUUCUGGCUGCAGAACUAGGUGGUCGUGCUAUACUGGAUGUUAAUGAUGAGGAAAAAUUGAAUACUUUUAAAAAAGCUGAGACGGAUGUUGGCAAACCUGAACUUUUGACGCGGGCUGAUUUACUGUCAAACCAGCUUGUAAUGAGCGUCCUGGGAAGAUAUCCAGGUUUAAGGAUAAUUUCUGAAGAAAAGGGAGAAAUGAUAAACAUAGUGGAUUAUGGAAAAUAUCAGUCACAGCAGGAGAAACUUUAUGCAGAUGUGAAGGCUAUUGUUGACUUAUUUCCGUCAAGAAAAUAUUUUUUGUCGAAGUUAGCUAUUUGGGUUGAUCCAUUGGAUGCAACACAAGAGUUUACAGAAGGUCUGUUUGAAUAUGUUUCUGUGAUGAUUUGCAUAACAUUGGAUAGCAUACCUGUUUUUGGUGUGAUUUACAGACCAUUCACUGGUGAAAGGGUGUAUGGUUUAAAUGAAUUUGGAAUCAUGAAAGGAAACGGCAAUAAAUGGGAUCGUACGAUUUUGAAGAACCAUUCGAAAUUGGUAAUGGUUUCCAGAUCACAUGCUGGGAAUGUGAGAGAAUUGGCACUGAAUCCUUUUUUUCCAAUUUUACUGUUGAAGCAACUGGAGGUUCUGGUUACAAAUCGUUGAGAUUGUUAAAUGGCACUGGAGAGUUAUACUUACACAAGACUGCCAUUAAAAAGUGGGAUACCUGUGCCGGUGAUGCUUUGCUUCGAUCGAUUGGUGGUUUAAUGCUUGAUUUUAAUGGUGAUGUGUUGAGUUACGACCCAAAUGGCGAUUAUGUUUUACGGAAUGGUUUAUUAGCUGCUGCGCAGUAUCCUUUCACUUAUUUUCAGCAGUGGAAACAACAUUUAAAAGGAGCUUCGAUUACGAGAUAAAAUUCCAUCAAUUAAAUCCAGGAAAUUAAAUUCAAAGCAAGCAGCGUUUCAACUUUCUCAAUUUCUGGGAUAUCUCUUUUUUCAAGAUAUUUCUGUCACCAUUUUGUUAAAUGAUGUUCUAAUUUUAAAGAGGGCAAUUUAUGCUAUCUGUUGUGCCAUAAAUAUAUGCUGUUGUUUGGCUUUUGAUGCAGUACCUCACUUAUAUAACUUCUUGAUCAAUUUCUCCUCGAAAUUUUGAACUUCUAACCUAUUUUUACCUCAUAGUGUUGGAGCAAUGAUUAUUUAAACAAUAAUGUCGAUAUUUUAAAAAAUGUGAUGUACUGGACAUUUUGAACCACCUAAUCCAUAGAACUGUCCGUUCGAAAGUGCUGUCGUUCUGCUUUAUUCUGAUGAAAGCCGUGAGAUUUGGGUGAUCAUAAAGCUAAAAUU